AGGCGUCGGCAGGAGCCAGGGAUCGUCCGCCCGCGCUGCUGCAGGGUCGGAGCAGCUCCCGGCUGUGUCCCGCUGCAGCCGCUGUCCGCUUCGCCCGGGGAGUCCGGGCUCCCCCUCAGGGCGCAGAUCCCGCCCAUCCCGCUCGGUUCGGGGCUCCGAGAAGCUGCUCCAGGUCAGUGGCUCCUACAACGUGAUCUAUUGUCAUUUCUCGCCUGAGGGAAUUGGCUCCACUUAGGAAAUGGCCAAAGUCGAAAGGUUUGCUUUUCACGUUCCGAGUCUGGAGGAGCUUGCUGGGGUUUUGCAGAAAGGGCUUAAAGAAAACUUUGCUGAUGCUCAAGUCUCUGUUGUAGACUGUCCUGAUCUGACUCAGGAACCCUUCAAGUUUCCUGCUAAAGGAAUCUGUGGGAAACCUAGAAUAGCAGACGUGGGAGGUGUUCCUUACCUCAUACCUGUUGUACAGAAAGAAAAAGUUUAUGAUCUCAAUACUGUUGCAAAAGACAUAGAGCUGCCUGGAGCUUUCAUUCUAGGAGCUGGAGCUGUUUCAUCCAAGGUCCUUGGAGUAAAUGCUGAGCUUAUCCCUAUUGUUCAAACUAAGAGUGAAAAGAAGGCUGCUGUAAAUGGGAGCUACGUUGCUCAGAUAAAUCCUGCAGAUAAAGGGUGCCUGCUCGAGAAGUACAGCAGUAAAUAUAGUGACUGUGAGUUUGGGCUGUUGGCCAACCUUUAUGCCAGUGAGGGCCAACCGGGGAAGGUCAUUGAGGUGAAAGCCAAUGGAAGAACUGGGGAACUUAACUUUGUGUCUUGUCUGAGACAAAUCUUGGAGAAGCACUAUGGAGAAAAGCCAGUAGGGAUGGGUGGUACGUUUAUCAUUCAGAAGGGGAAGGCAAAGAUCCACAUUAUGCCUCCAGAAUUUUCAACCUGUCCGUUGAAUACUGAUGAGGAUAUAAAUAACUGGCUCAAGUUCUUUGAAAUGAAGGCGCCGCUGAUUUGUCAGCCAGUUAUAGUUUCCAGAGACCCAGGCUUUGACCUUCGUGUGGAGCACACUCACUGCUUCAGCCACCACGGGGAAGGGGGCCACUACCACCAGGACACCAGCCCGGACAGCGUGCAGUACCUGGGCUACUUCCUACCUGCCGAGCUGCUCUUCCGCAUCGACCGGCCCACCGAGACGCACCUCGUCGGCAGGGACUGAGGCGCGGAGGCUCCACGGAGCUGUUCGGACCUUCUGCAAUGCAAAUGAUGAUUUUUAUAAUGCUUUUAAUUAUGCACAUUUAUCAAUCAAUAAUAAAUAUCACAGCGGUGAA